AUGGCGACUGCCACGUCCAACCACUACGGCGUUCUGAGCCCCGGUAGCGCGCCACCGCCGCACUCUGAAUCCGGGGGUCUACAGCAGGCGUCCGCGUACAGGGACGCGCACAGUUUGCUCCACAACGAAUACGGCACGUUACCGGGACACGCGCACCAGUGGCUCACUGCGCUGCAUGCGGACAGUGGGACGCCGUGGCCACACAGCCCUCUGUCUGAUCAGGACGUGAAGCCCGUUCUGCACGAAGGGGAACGCGAGGAGCUGCAGACCCCCAACAGUUUGCAGCAGCAGCAGCAGCAGCAGCAGCAGCAGCACGCACAUCAUGAUGCCAGGCCAUGGCGCAGCGGCUCCACGCAUAUAGCCACCAUGGCGACCUCUGAGCAGAGUCUGGUGUACGCGCAGUCCGGCUUCAGCCUCGUACCCGCGGGUGAGCAGGGAUCCAUGCACCACGCGCUUCGGGACGAUGAUCAACACAGCCACAGCCCGCACCUGAGUGAGCACGGCCCGCACUCGCACCAGCACACGGGCCAGGACCAGUCUGACGAGGACACGCCGACCUCGGAUGAGCUGGAACAGUUCGCCAAGCAGUUCAAGCAGAGGCGCAUCAAGCUGGGGUUCACACAGGCGGACGUAGGCCUGGCACUAGGCACGCUUUAUGGAAAUGUAUUUUCCCAGACCACUAUCUGCAGGUUUGAGGCUCUGCAGCUCAGCUUCAAAAACAUGUGUAAGCUCAAACCGCUGCUGAACAAGUGGCUCGAGGAGGCGGACUCCACUUCGGGCAGCCCAACGAGCUUGGACAAGAUCGCAGCGCAGGGACGCAAAAGAAAGAAGCGCACCUCUAUCGAGGUAGGGGUCAAAGGCGCACUGGAGAGCCACUUCCUCAAGUGUCCGAAGCCCGGGGCCGCGGAGAUCAACUCCCUGGCGGACAGCCUGCAGCUUGAGAAAGAGGUGGUUAGAGUCUGGUUCUGUAACCGGAGACAGAAAGAGAAGAGGAUGACCCCCGCAGGGGGCCCUCUCCCGGGGACAGAGGACAUGUAUGGGGACACUCCCCCUCAUCACGGAGGACAGACUCCUGUGCAGUGA